UUUAGAUAUAUUGGUAUUAUAACACUGCAAGUGUGUAUUCUGUGUAUACGAAUUGAAAGGAUCUGAUGAGUUAGCUGGUUGCCAUGGCGAGGGACCUAGUCAUGUGACCAGGAUGCUGCUUCAGGCUGUUUUGACGUCAAGCUGUAGACAGAGAGAGAGAGGGAGUAAGAGCGAUCCGUGGCAUAGCAGCAGCAGCAGCAGCAAGAUCGGUGCCUCCUGUAACUCACUGGCCAACACCAAAGGCUGAAAAUAACAUAGAAGCUUCAUCAGCAUUGCAUUUUUCCUCCUUGAUUUAUUGCAUCAUUCUUCCCUCUUUCCUGGGACAGCAUCAAUGCCGGGUCCAACCCAAACGCUGUCCCCAAAUGGAGAAAACAACAACGACAUCAUGCAUGAUAACGGGAGCAUCAUUCCGUUUAGGAAGCACACUGUACGCGGGGAGCGUUCCUACAGUUGGGGAAUGGCGGUCAACGUGUACUCCACCUCGAUAACCCAGGAGACUAUGAGCAGACAUGACAUCAUUGCAUGGGUCAAUGAUAUAUUGUGUUUAAACUACAUAAAGGUCGAGCAGCUUUGUUCAGGUGCUGCCUAUUGCCAGUUUAUGGAUAUGCUCUUCGCAGGGUGCAUAAGCCUAAAGAAGGUCAAAUUUCAAGCCAAGCUGGAACAUGAGUACAUUCACAAUUUCAAAUUGCUUCAAGCCUCAUUUAAAAGAAUGAAUGUUGAUAAGGUUAUCCCUGUGGAAAAAUUGGUAAAAGGACGAUUCCAAGAUAACCUGGAUUUUAUUCAGUGGUUUAAGAAAUUCUUUGAUGCUAACUACGAUGGGAAGGAGUAUGACCCCAUGGAAGCUAGACAAGGACAAGAUGCCCUCCCACCUCCAGAUCCUGGUGAACAAAUCUUUAACCUGCCAAAAAAGUCUCAUCAUGCCAACUCUCCCACAGCAGGUGCUGCAAGAUCAAGUCCAAUUGCAAAACCAGGUUCCACGUCAUCUCGUCCGUCAUCUGCAAAAAAAGCAGCUCCGAGUUCUUCAGGAAAAAGUGACAAAGAUUUGGAAUCACAAGUUGUACAUCUUAAUGAACAGGUGCAUUCAUUAAAGCUUGCUCUUGAAGGAGUGGAGAAGGAGCGAGAUUUCUACUUUGGAAAGCUGAGGGAAAUUGAACUUCUUUGCCAAGAACAUGGACAAGAGGGUGAUGACCUUGUCCAGAGGUUAAUGGAUGUCCUGUACUCUACAGAUGAUCACGAAGGCCACACAGACCAACAUGAAGGUGAUGAACAUGACCACGUUCAGGAGGAUCCACAGCAGCAAGACGAAUACUGACCACCGAUCCUUUCAUCCCCCUCACUGUUGUCAUUUCACGUGGGACUUUCUUUCAGGAGAGCAAUGUGUGGCCAGUCACAAUCGGCACACCUGUACCAUGUAAUGUACUAUAGUGAGUGCCAGCCAACCACUGCAUUCUGUACCAGUUACUUCCCCAAGACGUGUUUACAGAGCUUGUAUUCCGGCCCAAGCUAAAAGGAAAGGGCAGGGGGCUACUCGGCAGCAGCUUGUCACACUUGACUGUUUCAGAUUGUUUUCAGAUCUUUUCCCUUAUUUUUUUAUUUAUUUGUAAGUGAGCUAUCUCCUUGUUUUCCAACUGCUUGCUUCUAAUUGUAAUAUCGUAGAAUAUUUAUAUAAUCAUGUCAUGAUUAAGAAGUGUCACUACCACGUAUCACGAAUGUAAACGUGCAAAGUCAUAAAA